UGGUGACGUUAGUGGGCGGUUCUGGUCGAGCCCCCAGAGGUUUGGAUGACUCGCUGCCUACAGGGGACGCACCGAAAAUAAGGAAACGCUGUUAUUGCUACCUUUCCGGGGCGUUUUAACAUCAAACAGGUCUUUUUCCUCAACAGAUACGCUCCAGGUUACAGGAGAGCAGGACUGCGUCUGGGCCGGCUGACAGCCCACUUCCCUCCGGCCGGCCCGUGUCCUGGCGGCACCAUGUGCACAGCGACUCGGCUGAGCCUGGCUGGGGCCUGCGGGCUGCGUCUGGGCCGGCUGACAGCCCACUUCCUUCCGGCCGGCCCGUGUCGUGGCGGCACCAUGUGCACAGCGACUCGGCUGAGCCUGGCUGGGGCCUGCGGGCUGCGCCUGGGGCUCCGGCAGCAAGACCACCGCUACCUCCACACGUCCCCCAGAGUGCUCAGCAGUUCCCGCUUCGACCCAGACAGCAGCGGCCGCCCCACCACCUGGGAUUCCUUCGGCAUCUGGGACAAUCGCAUUGAUGAGCCCAUUUUGCUGCCCCCCAGCAUCCGCUAUGGCAAACCCAUCCCCAAGGUGAGCCUGUCCAAAGUGGGCUGUGCUUCCCACAUCGGCCAGCGCAAGGAGAACGAGGACCACUUCCAGGUCAGCCAGGUGAAUGGCAGCAUCCUCUACUUUGCUGUAUUCGAUGGCCACGGCGGACCACAGGCGGCUGAUUUCUGCCAUAAGCACAUGGAGACAUACAUAAAAGACCUGGUCCAUGAAGAGCACAACCUGGAGCUGGUGCUUACCAAAGCUUUUCUAGAAGUAGACAAGGCGUUUGAAAUGCAUUUGAAUGCGUCUGGGAACGCCUCCCUGCAGACCUCCGGGUCCACGGCCACGGUGGCCUUGCUGAGGGACAGUGUGGAGCUUGUGGUGGCCAGCGUGGGGGACAGCCGUGCCCUGCUCUGCCGCAGGGGGAAGGCACAGCGGCUGACGGUGGAUCACACCCCCGAGAGGAAGGACGAGAAGGACAGGAUUAAGAAGAGCGGCGGCUUUGUGACCUGGAACAGCUUAGGACAGGCCAACGUCAACGGGCGGCUGGCCAUGACCCGCAGCAUUGGGGACUUUGACCUCAAGUCCAGGGGCGUGAUCGCCGAGCCUGAGACCAAGAGGGUCACCCUGCAGCAUGCCCACGACUCUUUCCUGGCGCUGACCACUGACGGAAUUAACUUCAUCAUGAACAGCCAGGAGAUCUGCGAUGUGAUCAGCCAAUGCCCAGACCCGCGGGAGGCUGCCCAGGUCAUCGCAGAGCAGGCACAGCAGUAUGGCUCUGAGGAUAACAGCACCAUCGUGGUCGUGCCCUUUGGUGCCUGGGGCAAGCAGAAGGCGUCCGAUGCCAGCUACUCGCUCAGCAGGAGCUUCGUGUCGAGUGGCCGGUGGGCCUGAGGGCCAAGCGGGCUGCUAGCAAACAAACGUGCAAUACCGCCACCCUCAGGGCCUUAGGGGAAGUGCACUCAAGAGCACUUUGGGGAAUGCGAGAGGAGUGGCAUGCGUGAGCCUCUUUACAGCACUGUCAGGACACACACCGCGGCAAUGCUCAGUGCCAGGAGGGUGUCUAUCAUUUUAGGCCUUUUAUUACAAACAUUGAACACUUUUUUGCACAUAAUUUGCACAUCUGGUGAUGGUGGGAGGUCAGUAUAUAUAUAUAUAUUUUACAUGAAUCUCCUGGGGGGGUCGGGGUCAGCAGAUGGUUGGUGGUUCGAAUCUCACCUCUGCUCUGUGUGUGUGGAGUGUGCAUGUUCUCCACAUGUCCUGCAGGUGCUCCAGUUCCUCCUGCAGUCCAAAGACAUGCAUGCAGGUGAUGUGGUUGCAAGAUGGGUGGAUUUACUAGAUCAAUCAGGGAUAAAUGUGAAGCUUAGUAAAUGCAGCCAUUAACACGACAGUCAAAUUCCCACUCAGUUACAUGCUCAGCAUGUAAAUGUGGCUUUAGGGUGUGUAAGGUGGUCUCUAGACUCCCAUCUUUUUCAUCUGGGCUGAGAUCUGUCUAGUUUGCAACCAUAAACCAGCCACCUUGCUGAAAUCAGGAAAUGAUGAGAAGUCCAAGCCUGACGAUGCAAGCUCUUAUUAUCCAAGCACAUGGGGCUUUGGCAUGAACAUUGUUUAAAUGUGCCGCUCUUAAUGUAAAUGGAUGCAUUGCAUACAAAUUUUGUUUUACAAAUCCUCUUUUUAUUAUUCAUUAUAAAUUAUCUUCCCUGAUGACAAAAAGAAUGUUUUUACGUGAUGUAUUUUUAUAUCUUUGUAAAACUGUUCAGAAUGAACCUCCUCAAUAUGAAGACCAUGAGUUGCCAGGCACUGCAUGGCCAUCCUGUACAUCCAGUGGCGCAGUGUUUUCAUGCCAGCUGAUGUGAUACUCAGCAAUAAAGCUUUUUCACCAGUGUCAGCCACUGGACAAUGCAACUGCAAAGCUGUCGAAAGACACCAUCUGUUAAGCGCAGUAUGUUAUACAAAAUUGUAUAAUUAAUCAAUUAAUCCAUUAAUAAAAAAAAGGCAAUGAGAUUCAAGAAAAGAAAUGUCCUACAACCUUCUAUUCUGUGUUUGAAGAAGGGAAAAACAGGUGUCGGUACUCCCCUUGUUAUUCAGCACUGGGGGCCGGUACUCCACUUGUUAUUCAGCAUUGGGGGCCGGUACUCCCCUUGUUAUUCAGCACUGGGUGCCGGUACUCCACUUGUUAUUCAGCAUUGGGGGCCGGUACUCCCCUUGUUAUUCAGCACUGGGGGGGCGGUACUCCCCUUGUUAUUCAGCACUGGGUGCCGGUACUCCCCUUGUUAUUCAGCACUGGGGGGGGGCGGUACUCCCCUUGUUAUUCAGCACUGGGUGCCGGUACUCCCCUUGUUAUUCAGCACCAAUUGCCGGUACUCCCCUUGUUAUUCAGCACUGGGUGCCGGUACUCCCCUUGUUAUUCAGCACCAAUUGUCGGUACUCCCCAUGUGAUUAAGCACCAGCAGAUACUGAGAUGUGCUGGACCAAUUCAGUUGAAGCACUGCUUUUAUUUACAUACCAAACAGGAAGUAUCUGAAGCUUUCUGAUUGCAUCAAGUCUGGGUUGAUGACAGUGUUGUGAGGGGGUGUCUGCUGCCCCCUGCUGUCCAGCGGACCUUGUCCAUGAAGGAUUUUUAACUAGCAGAACUCCUGCUUUGUUGUGUGACUGUGUUUUAGUAUUAAUAUAAUUGGAAUAAAAAAAAAAAACCUCAGCUGUUUAUUUUUAUUUAUGGUUCAUGAAAUGUUAGUUAAUUGGUUUGUGUUUUUGGUUAAUUCCUUUAAAAAUUAAAGGAAUUAGUAGUAUCCAAUUAGUAUCCAAUUAGUGAAGCUGUAUCUUUCUAUUCGACAGUGAACAAAAAGCACGUCUUCCAGUAGCAGAUGUGUGACAGCUGUCUGUUAAACCGUGGUGUAUACUGUUCAAGAUGAUCACGUGACCUCCACAGAACGGGGACUCACAGCACAUUCUGCUUGCUUCAGUUCUGCUUUUCAGAAAUAGAUGUUUUCCUGUUUGUUUGCUUCUUUGUUGAACCAUUACGUCCCGCUUUUUAAAAUUUAUCAUCAUCAUCAUCGUCGUUGUUGUUUUUGAUGGCAGAUUUUCUGUGAACAGGAAAUGUCAUUAUUAAGCAUUCCAUGACAUCAUCUAUACCAUUUGUUAUGAUUCUUAAAAUCUGCAUCUUUCUCACAAUCAUAACACAUAACUCGUACUGUCUCAUUCAUAAAUCACCAAACCACAGUGAUGCACAACUUUCAAAAGACAGGUAUUCCAAAUACAUUGCUUUGUGAAUCGAUUUCGAUGUUUAUUGUUUCGUUCCUCAAUAAUGUGAUAAGUACAUUGAUAAUGUGCAUUAAAUUCACGGUUAUUAUAAAGUGGCAGUUCCGUAUGCUGGUUCUGUAUUUUAGCAUAAUGUCACUGGACUUUCUGAAUGUUGGGUUACGUUUUGCCUAAAUAAACAAUGCCUAAAUGAA